AUGCAUAUCUCAGAGAAGCUCGCUUCGAAUUUGAAGGAGAACAAACCGAGUUUCUCCUUCGAGUUUUUCCCUCCCAAAACUGCCCAAGGUGUCCAGAACCUUUACGAUCGAAUGGACCGUAUGCACGAUCUCGGUCCUCUUUUCAUAGACAUCACUUGGGGUGCUGGUGGGAGAAAUUCGCAGCUCACAUGUGAAAUGGUCAACGCAGCUCAGAGUCACUAUGGCUUAGAGACUUGUAUGCAUCUGACCUGCACGGACAUGGAACGCUCACAAGUCGACAGGGCCCUGGAACGUGCCCGCGAUGCUGGGUGCAAGAACAUUCUGGCGCUGCGAGGCGAUCCACCUCGAGACAAGGAGAAGUGGGAAGCAACAGAUGGAGGAUUCCGACAUGCAAGAGACUUGGUCAAGCACAUAAGGGCAAAAUAUGGGAACGUCUUCGAUAUUGGCGUUGCCGGCUAUGCAGAAGGAUGUGAUGAUAAUCGAGACGUGGAUGUUCUGAUUGAUCAUUUGAAGGAAAAGGUUGACGCCGGUGCUACGUUCAUCGUCACUCAGAUGUUUUAUGAUGUUGACAUCUUCCUCAAAUGGGUCCAAAAAUGUCGAGACAGGGGCAUCAACGUCCCAAUAAUCCCCGGAAUUAUGCCUAUUUCGACUUAUGCAUCGUUCAAGAGGCGAGCCGAGUGGACCAAGUGCAACGUUCCCAAGGACUGGUACGAAGCAUUAGAGCCGGUGAAAAACGAUGAUGCCGCCGUAAGGGACAUCGGCAAGGAUUUGAUUGCCCAGAUGUGCCGUAAGCUUUUGGACGCCGGCAUCUUGCACCUUCACUUCUACACCAUGAACCUGGCUCAAUCUACCAGACUGAUCCUUGAGGAGUUGGCAUUGACUCCAGAAACCUCAGGCAAACCGCUAGAGAAACCACUGCCAUGGCGCCAGUCUCUUGGUCUGAACCGUAGGGACGAGAACGUCAGGCCAAUCUUCUGGCGUAAUCGCAACACCUCGUAUAUUGCCAGGACAGCGGAUUGGGAUGAGUUUCCCAACGGGCGUUGGGGUGACAGUCGAAGUCCUGCUUUCGGUGAGCUUGACGCGUACGGAAUCGGCUUGAAAGGCACGAACGAGGCGAACAUCAAGCUUUGGAGCAAACCCAGGACACUCCGAGAGAUUACCGAACUUUUUGUCCGAUUCCUCAGUGGUAGAUUGGAAAGGCUGCCUUGGAGUGAAGGAACCAUUUCGGCAGAGGCAAAUAUUAUCAAAGAGGAUCUUAUCAAGUUGAACAAGCGUGGUCUCUUGACAAUCAACUCACAACCAGCGGUUGAUGGAGCGCCCUCUUCAGAUGCCGUCCAUGGCUGGGGACCACCCGGAGGAUGGGUCUACCAGAAGGCGUAUCUGGAGCUUCUGGCAUGGCCUUCUAUGAUCGACACAAUCAUUGAAAGGCUCAACGCCGACAAGAACCUGACCUACUACGCCGUCAACAAGGAAGGCAAACUCAUCACCAACGCAAAAGACGAAGGACCCAACGCAGUGACGUGGGGCAUUUUCCCUAACCGAGAAGUGGUCCAGCCUACGAUUGUCGAGACAGUAUCUUUCCUCGCCUGGAAGGACGAAGCCUUCCGACUAGGCGAAGACUGGGCCAAGUGUUAUCCAGCGGGUUCAGCGUCACGCAAAUUGAUCCAAGCGAUGAUGAGUGAAUGCUAUCUUGUCAACAUUGUCAACAACGACUUUCACGACACACGCGAGAUCUUCACCGUCUUCGAAGGCCUUGAAGCUCAGGAUCUUGACCAUGUCUUCACCGAUGACGGUACUGAAGCUGCCCACAACAACGACACGAGAGACGUCUUGAACGGCGAGGCGUCAGCUUCCGAGAUCGAAAGGAACAUUACGAAUGGCGAUCAGCAUCGAAUCCCCUUUCAAACCAACGGCGUUUCCCCGGUGAAAUAA